GAGACGAAAAGUCAUGGCGGCUGACAGUUUGUAAUGAGCCAACAAAAACAGCAAAGAUUCUUGCAAGUAGGAUCUACGACGUUCAAACCAGGCGCGGGCAUAAAAACUCAGUCGGCAAAAUGCUGAUAACUUUGAAAACCUUGCAACAGCAGACGUUUAAAAUCGACAUCGACGAAGAGGAGACGGUGAAGACAUUAAAAGAGAGAAUUGAACAGGAGAAAGGAAAGGACAACUUUUCAGUUGCUGGACAGAAACUGAUAUAUGCUGGUAAAAUCCUCAACGAUGAGUCGGCCCUCAAAGAGUAUAAAAUCGAUGAGAAGAACUUUGUGGUCGUCAUGGUGACAAAGCCCAAAACAGCCUCAGCCGCCCCUCAGCCUUCACCUUCCACCCCAGCCCCCACCACUACAGCUUCUGCAGCACCUCCUGCCUCAUCGUCCGGCUCUGAAAACACAGCAGAGCGUGCUUCCACAGAUGACAAACCAGAGGAGAGACAGUCCUCCACUACUGAACCAGCUUCCUCCCAAGUUCGAAGCUCUGAGGCAUCAACAAACACAAACCUAAUUGAUGAGGCAGUUUCAAAUCUAGUGACAGGCCCAUCAUAUGACGCCAUGGUGAACGAGAUGAUGCUCAUGGGCUACGAGAGGGAGCAGGUGGUAGCAGCUUUGAGAGCGAGUUUCAACAACCCAGACAGAGCUGUGGAGUACCUGCUCACAGGUAUCCCAGGCGGAGAUCCGGGCCACGCGUCAGGACCUGAUGCAGUUGCGCCUCCAGUGAGUGGAGCUCCAGCUGCACCCACAGGCGAUAAUAGCUCCCCCACCAACACUGGCUCUUCACCAAGUGCUGGAGGCAAUCCUUUGAAUUUCCUAAGAAAUCAGCCCCAGUUUCAUGUGAUGCGACAGCUGAUCCAGCAGAAUGCAGCCCUGCUUCCAGCCCUGCUGCAGGAGAUCGGCAGGGAAAACCCCGAACUUUUGCAGGAAAUUAGCAACCACCAAGAGCAGUUCAUCCAGAUGCUGAAUGAACCUAAUCCAGAAGCCGUGCCGGCCAGUGGUGGCAGUGGUUCAGGAGGAGCCGGAGGAGCUGGAGGCAUCAGAAGUGAUGCACCCAGCGGAAGUCACAUGAGCUAUAUCCAGGUCACGCCACAGGAGAAAGAGGCCAUUGAGAGGCUAAAAGCCUUAGGAUUUCCAGAGGGACUUGUUAUACAAGCCUACUUUGCUUGUGAGAAGAACGAGAACUUGGCUGCCAACUUUCUUUUACAACAGAACUUUGACGAUGAUUAAAAGAGCCAUCCUUACUUUAAUUUUUUUCUUAUUUUUUCUUCCUCUAUCUUUUGAUUACUGAUGUUAAAUAUAUGCGUACAACAAGCCUUUUACAUUUCCAGAAGUUUUAUUCACCACUUCCACAUUCACUUCUCUAAUAACACUGGAUCAUUAUCACAAGGACAGGCUGUUGUUUGUGAUCAGUUUGAAAUGGAGGAACAAUUAAAGUACAGUAACUUUGCAUCAGAAA